AUGGUGUCACCAUUAGAUCUGAGUUAUAUGAAACUAGUUCGGUUUACUUUUAGCCUUAUAGAUUGUUGGCCCCAUCGUGAUAUGAAAAGCAAAAAUCCGAUUCCUCUGACUAACAAUAAAUUUUUAUUUUGCGUUAUAUUAUUUGUAUUCGUCGCCGAAUUAAUCUAUAUCAAAAAUAAUGUAGGAGUUUUGAGUUUUUUGAUUUUAGGCCAUACGUAUAUUACGGUACUUAUUACGUUCAAUAGUUUGUUCCGCUUAACAUUACCAUGGAAUAAGAAAUAUCGCCAACUUAUAAUUGAUUUCGUCGAAAAUAUUCAUGUUUUUCAUUACAAAGACGAAUCAGAAUAUUCCAAGAAAAUGCAUAACAAAAUUCACAAAGCGUCUCUCUACUUUAUUGUGUUUUUACAUGUGCAAAUGUAUUUUGGCAUUAUCUUAUUUAAUAUAACGCCUUUACUUAAUAAUAUAAAAGCAGGGUUAUUGGAAGAAAAAUUAUCUCCAAAUGUGACCAUAGAUAUAGAACUUUCAAUUUAUUAUGAUUUGCCAUUUGACAGUCAGGAAAAUUUAAAAGCGUAUUCUAUGGUUUUUCUUUUGAAUUUUUUCGUUAGUUUCGUUAAUACAUUUGUAAUGUGUAUAAACGAACUUUUUAUUUCCCUUAUCGCAAUCCAUCUUUGGGGCCAUUUUAAAAUUCUGGAAAAUAAUUUGAUAAAUUUUCCAUUACCGAAAUUGACUGAUCAAAAUAUCUCUUAUGAUGAAGAAGAAUCGAUAGCUGUGAAAAAUCUGCUUAUAAAAUAUAUGAAACAACAUCAAGUGGCAACUGAUUUUCUAUCAAAAACAGUUAAUGUUUUUGGACCGACAAUGUGCCUCUACUAUUUAUUCCAGCAAAUAAGCGAAUGCAUUGUUCUAUGUGAACUUUGCAAAUUGGACGCAGAAGCAUUGGGAAAAUAUGGAAUACUAACGCUUGUUAUAUUUCAACAAUUAAUACAGAUUUCCAUUGUAUACGAAAUUAUGGCGUCAAUGAAUGAAAAAAUCAUCAAGGCAGUUUAUAAUUUACCAUGGGAAUAUAUGUCCGUAGGUAACCAGAAAAUUGUAUUAUUUUUCCUUCAGAAUGUUCAAAUUCCUUUCAAUUUGAGAGCUCUAGACAUCGUUCCUAUUGGAGCACAGACUAUGGUUACGAUCAUAAGGACUUCUUUUUCUUAUUUCAUAAUGCUCCGUACGAUUGCCUACGAUUGA